AGUUUUCACUUUUCUGCUUCUUGGUGCUUUAUAGAGUUUGAAACAUCAAAGGAAGUGGAAGUCAGAUCCAAACUAUACCAAGUCGUGGUAUGAUAGAGGUGCAAAGACUUUUCAUGCGGACAAGUACAGGAAGGGUGCUUGUGAAAACUGCGGAGCCAUGACACAUGAUAAGAAGUCAUGUGUGGAAAGGCCCCGCAAAUUGGGUGCCAAGUGGACUGGUAAAAGUAUUGCACCAGAUGAGAAGAUAGAGACCUUUGAGCUUGAUUAUGAUGGAAAACGAGACCGUUGGAAUGGAUUUGAUGCCGCAUCCUAUAAACAUGUAAUCCAGAGGUAUGAAGCCAGGGAUGAAGCAAGAAGCAAAUAUUUGAAGGAGCAACAGCUUAAGAAGUUGGAGGAGAAAAAUAAUAACCAGAAUGGAGAAGAUGGGGUUAGUGAUGAUGACGAUAAUGAAGACUCUCUGAAAGUUGAUGAGGCAAAAGUUGAUGAGAGCAAGCAAAUGGACUUUGCAAAGGUCGAAAAGCGUGUGCGUACUACUGGUGGUGGUAGCACUGGAACUGUUAGGAACUUGCGUAUUCGAGAGGAUACUGCAAAGUAUCUCCUUAACCUUGACGUUAACUCUGCCCAUUAUGACCCCAAAACUCGAUCCAUGCGUGAGGAUCCCCUUCCAGAUAUGGAUCCAAAUGAGAAAUUCUAUACUGGAGAUAAUCACAAUAGAGUGAGUGGUCAAGCUUUGGAAUUCAAGCAGCUUAAUAUUCAUGCCUGGGAAGCAUUUGAGAAGGGUCAUGAUGUACAUAUGCAAGCCGCUCCCUCACAAGCUGAAUUGCUUUACAAGAGUUUCAAGAUCAAUAAGGAGAAGUUGAAGUCUCAAACUAAAGACACAAUCAUGGAGAAGUAUGGCAAUGCUGCUACUGAAGAAGUACUUCCACGAGAACUCUUACUAGGUCAAAGUGAGAGAGAGGUUGAAUAUGAUCGUGCUGGUAGAAUCAUAAGAGGCCAGGAGACUGCUCUUCCAAAGAGCAAGUACGAAGAAGAUGUUUACAUAAACAAUCAUACAAGUGUUUGGGGUUCAUGGUGGAAGGAUCAUCAAUGGGGUUACAAGUGCUGCCAGCAGACAGUUAGAAACAGCUAUUGUACAGGAGCUGCUGGUAUUGAGGCUGCUGAAGCGGCAGCAGAUCUUAUGAAAGCUAAUAUUGCUCGGAAAGAGGCUACUGAAGAAGCACCUGCAGCAGUUGAGGAGAAACGACUUGCAACCUGGGGUUCUGAAGUACCUGAUGAUUUAGUAUUAGACCAGGAAAAACUGGCUGAAGCACUUAAGAAGGAGGAUGAGAGGAGGAGAGAAGAGCGGGAUGAGAGGAAACGCAAGUAUAACGUCAAAUGGAACGACGAGGUCACAGCUGAAGAUAUGGAAGCAUACAGGAUGAAGAGGGUCCAUCAUGAUGAUCCAAUGAAGGACUUCUUGCAUUGAAGCUAUGCAUUGGAUUUAUAGAUUUUAUAGGAAAAGUCUGAAAUAGUUGUGGUCUUAGGGACAAUAUGAGAGGAAGCAUGCAAAGUUGUGUAAAAAGCACUACGAUUUGCAUGUGUUGUUGCUCUUCUUGAGCUUUGCAAUGUAUUGCUACCGUUGUUACUAUGGAAUGAUUGGGGAGAUUUGCUAUGC